AUGAAAAGCUUCAUCACCUUGACGGCUCUUGCUGCCGGCGCACAGGGCCUCGCAGGUCGCACUACUAAUUGUUGCUUCCAUCUUACUGCCUCAGGCGGUGCCUCGGGCACCGUUGGCCAGCUCAGCGAUGGACAAAACCGUAUUGGUGACAACACUCUGUCUCCUGCGCAAUUCUGUAUUAACUCGCAUGGGGCUAUCACGGACGGCAGUGGCCGUGGCUGCAUCUUAACUCCGCCGACUACUCAGUUCCAGUGUGAUCAGGGUGCCACACCUGAGUCGGGUUUCUCUAUUACCCCAUCUGGCUUGCUAGAGUUUCAAGGCGGCUCUGAUUUCCUCGCUUGUGACACUGGCCAGAACGGUGGUAUGAACAUCCAUGUCACUCCUAGCAAGGCCCUCGGGAAGUGUGUAAACAUCCAGUUGAAGGCCGACUCAUGCGCACCUUCUGCCUCCUCUGCCCCACCCACAACAACGUCCGCUAGCAAUAGCUGUCCCACCACGUUGUCUUCGGGCAACUUUGAGUUUCCUCAUCUGAUCAUUCCUAUCAACUCAAAGUCUCCCAAUAAGGCGUUAGGCACCUCAUUCAACGGCACGGUGACAUCAACUAUCUCAAGCAUAUUCAACUUCGAUAUUCCCCAGUCUGAUUCUGGAAAGACGUGCAGAUUAGUGUUCCUAUUUCCCCAGAAGGCUGACCUUCAGACCUCAUCCUUUAGCUUCAGCGGUGAUGGCAAGGUAAACUUUUCCAAGCUUUCCAAGGCUGCCACUACCUCUACUACCUUUAACAACGCUCCCUCUAUCUCGCAAGAUCUGGGUGAUAUCACGAUUUCGCCUGGAAAUUCGUUCGUUGUGUCAACGUUCUCCUGCCCCGCUGGUGAGGCUAUUGCCUUCGAAAUGAAAAAUGCCGGGACCACCGAGCUUAACUUCUUUGAGGACUUCAACCCUGCUCCUCUGGGUCUUUUCAUCACUGUCUGCUAA